AUGGACGCCGCCGUAGCCAACAAGCUAACCAGUAAAAGUAGCGUCACUGAACUUCUGAAGUUCAGUAUGGAUGAGAAGAAGCCCCCCAAAAAUAUUUUCGAGGCCGCUCAACGCAACGAUGCAGGGUACAUUAAGAAGAUUGCAGAAAGGACUCUCGACUUUAACGUAAAUAUGCGGGACCAACUUCAGAGGACUGCACUCCACUGGGCUGCAGAGCUUGGCAACAUAGAAGCAGCUGAGCUUCUGAUCGAUUUUGGGAUUGACGUUAAAGCCGUGGAGUGUAAUGGCAGGACCGCGGUGCACUUGGCCGCUCGCAGCGGGGAUCGGGGGAUGCUGGAGUGCAUUAUGGAGCUAAUCUCUCCAGAGGAGCGAACUGAGAUGAUCAAUCAGGCAGACAACUUUGGGGUAACGCCGUUGUAUCUGGCACGGCAAAAGGACAAGGAUGGUCAAGACGCGUUCGAAUACAUGAUCUUGAACGGGGGUCGCAUCAACGAGGAUGCAAAAAAGCCCGCGGUGACGACAUCUGCGGCGUCGUGACGCUACUGCUACUGCUACUGUGUGCGGAAGUUAAGGCAAUAGCAUGGCGGCAGCGAUAGGGGUCAGUUGGGCUGUAAACCCUAAGGAAGGGAUGGGGGGAUGGAGGGAAAGGAUGGGAGGAAGGGGGGAGAGAUCAUGAGUGUUAUCAUGCAAAUAAC